AUGGACGUUCUGCAGGAAAACUUUACAGUGUUGUUUUAUCUGGGGGUAUGGAAACCCCUGGACUGUACGGGCAUAAAGUCAUUUGUCUACAAUCUAUACACGCUUUUUAUAACAUCAAUUUCAUACACAUUCUUACUUUCUCAAAUACUAGACCUGAUUAUAAGUACAAGAACAGUAAGCGACUUUACGAACAACAUUUUCAUCGUAUCGGCGAUUCUCACUGGCUGUUUAAAAAUUUUCCGAUUUAUACGGAGCCGCAAUACUUUUAUUAACAUUAUUAAUAAUUUCAAAAGGGGAUUGUUCAAACCUGCUAAUGAUGAUGAGAUAAUUAUAUGGAAUAAAUAUGCACGAAUUACGAGGCUGGUCACCAUAGGAGCGACGACGUCACUAAUAAUUGGGUUGAUAGUAAUGUCAUAUGCGCUGUGCUCAUUUAAUAUACCGCAGCGGCAAUUAUUAUACCGCGCUUGGCUUCCUUACAAUUACUCAUCACUGCCCAUCAUCUACUGGAUCUCCUCAAUGGAACAACUCGCCACAGUCCACAUCCUUGCCGGGAUUAAUUUUUCAUUCGAUUUGAUUUUUUUCGGAACAAUGCUGAAUAUUUGUGCGCAAAUAAACAUACUGAAGCUCCGUUACAAAGUAGCUUUGUCCCACAUUUAUUCAAUAAAUGACACCCUCAAUAACAACAACGUCGGCGAGCUCAGAGAUGUCAGCAAACUGAUCCGUGAAUACACUGAUUCUCAUGAUUCUAUAAUUAAGCUAUUUAAUUCAGCUCAUCAUUUAUUUUCUACUAUUGUUACGAUUCAGUAUUGCACGAGCUCAGUUGCUAUUUGUACGAGUGCGUUCAAUGUAACAAAAAUGAAUUUUUUUUCAUUUCAAUUUUUCUCAACUGCACUAUAUAUUAAUAAUGUUACGAUUGAGUUAUUUAUACUCUGUGUAUGUUGCAAUGAAGUAACACUUGAGUUUGCAGACUUAGGUAACACAUUUUAUGAUUGUCAGUGGUAUGCAAUAAAUAAUUCAAAUAAAAAAUCAGUAGCAAUAAUGAUGACAAACACAGUAAAACCGAUUUAUUUCACUUGCGGAUACGUUAUCCAUUUGUCACUUGAUUCAUUUACGAGUGUACUUAAACUUUCUUACAGUAUUUACAACGUACUUCAAAGUGCGGAUUAG